AUGAAGAUCUUCACGAAGAUCUUACCUCUUUUGGGUGCUAUGGAUUCUUCACAAUGGCCUGCAUCGACAAGCUCAAGUACUUCGGCUACAUCGUCCAGCUCCGGCACCUCAAGUGGUGAAACAAUCUUUGUGACAUCAGAAACAUUAGUUGCUGUUCCUACCGGCGGAUACAUCACCUAUACAACCACCGAAAUUGUCUCAUCCGUACUCAAUGCCACGACAACGGGCAACUCGACUGCUACAACAACUUCCGCGACGGAUAUGGUGAUUGUCGGAACAGGCAGUUCCAGUUCCAAUAGCACUGCCACCACUUCUUCAUCCGGUGUUGUCAAUACCCAAGCAUGUAACGGAUAUACUGAGUUCUGCGCAAGGCAGUACUCCAACAUAACCAUGGUCACGGCCCAUAACAGCCCAUUCGUGAAAAAGAACAACAUAGCAUCGAACCAAUACUAUGAUGUGACUACGCAACUGGAUGAUGGUAUUAGAAUGGUCUCUUUCGAGGCACACUACUACGAGGAUGACAUUUAUCUGUGCCACACUUCUUGUGACCUUCUGAACAUGGGAACUUUGGAGGACUACCUGAAAACCGUCACCAAAUGGAUAGAGAAGCAUCCAUAUGAUGUUGUUACAGUUUUGAUUGUCAAUUCCGACUACGUUUCUCCAGGGAACUUCAGUGCACCCAUCGAAGACUCCGGUCUCAUCGACUACGUCUAUGAACCGUGGAAGAUCCCCAUGAGCUUGGAUGACUGGCCAACUUUAUCUGACAUGAUUCUCCGCGGCAAACGCGCCGUGGUGUUCAUGGAUUAUGAAGCCGACCAGGAGGUCUAUCCUUAUAUCUUGGAUGAAUUUUCUCAGAUGUGGGAGACACCGUUCUCCCCUAUCAACCGUACAUUUCCCUGUACGGUUCAACGGCCCACAGAUAUCACGGCCGCUGAAGCCGAGAAAAGAAUGUACAUGGCCAACCAUAACCUGAAUCUCGAGGUUGUUCUAGAUGGUACCGAGAUUUUGAUCCCAGAUUCAGCUCAAAUUAAUGUGACCAAUGCAGUUUCUGGCUACGGAAGCCUAGGACUGAUGGCCAAUAACUGUCUAGCCAAAUGGGACCGAGCGCCUAAUUUCCUGCUGGUCGACUAUUACAACGAUGGGAACUUUGCUGGGUCAGUAUUCAAAGUUGCCGCAGAGAUGAAUAACGUCACUUAUAAUGGAGAUUGCUGUGGCACCACUUCCGAUGCUCUAUCGGGGAUUCAUCGCCUGUCAAGUUGGUACCUUGGAAUGGUUGUGUUCGGCGCAUCCUUGACAUACUUAAUAUGA